CACGUGCUGCCACAUUUACUAUACGGCCGUAAUCAACCUACACUACCAAUUCACUAUUGGUGUUUUUUUUCACACAUUUUGUUGUGAUUCAACCAUAACCGAACAUCAGAUUAUUGCGUAUCUCGUCUUUAACAGCAAGUUAUCAAAAUGGCUUGUCCUAUAAGCAAAGAGCAUCUUAUACAGCUGAAGGUAUUCACAGAUUUAUGCAUUGCGAACCCGUCCAUUCUACUCCUACCAGAUCUCAGUUUCAUGAAAUCGUUCAUUGAACAUUUCGGUGGAAAUGUAUCAGAAAACAAGAGCAGCGAUUCUACAAGCUAUUCAAAGUUUAAACCUCAGCCUGCUGAGCCAAAUAUUCCAACUUCUGAGUCGCAACCAGAAUCUGAUGACAGUGACAUUGAAUUAGACAUGGAAGGAGUAGUCGAACCAGAUACAGAUGCACCCCAGAAAAUGGGUAAUCUAACGCUGCAACCCACAGAGGAAGAAUUGGCAGAAUCUCAAGCCAAGCGAUCUGAGGCUGUGUCUGCGUUUGUUGAAAAAGACUAUGACAAGGCGAUCUCUCUUUAUACAGAAGCCAUAGUACUGAAUCCUCAGGCUGCAUUGCUCUACGCAAAACGUGGGCAAUUGUACUUGAUGUUGAACAAACCAAAUGCCUGCAUCCGGGAUUGUGAUCGAGCUUUAGAAAUCAAUCCAGACAGCGCCGCAGCUCAUAAAUUUCGCGGAAGGGCCUACAGACUUCUUGGUAGAUGGGAAGAGGCUGCAAAUGAUCUACGCCUAGCAUGCAAAAUUGAUUUUGAUGAGCAGGCUGAUGAAUGGCUGCGGGAGGUAACCCCUAAUGCCCGCAAAAUUGAGGAGCACAAACGUAAACAGGAACGCAAAAAGGCUGAAAAAAUCGAGCGCGAGAGACUCGAAAGACUGAGAAAAGCGCGCGAAGAAGCAAAAGCAAGGGAUGAUAACACACGUCCAUCGCAAACGGAAGCUCCAACAGCAGGAGCUGGUGGUGGUGCAGGCGCUGCUGGUAUGGGUGAUUUUUACAAAUUCUUGAAUGACCCGGAAGUUCUUCAAGCCUUGAAGGAUCCGGAGGUAGGAGAAGCAUUCAAAGACAUUUCAGCAAACCCUGCCAACAUUUUGAAGUAUCAGAGCAACCCGAAGAUUAUGGCACUGAUUAAAAGAAUGGCUUCUAAAUUUGGGGGCCCAGGAGGAAUGCCUGCUGGCAUGGCUGGCAUGCCCGGUAUGGCAGGUAUGGCAGGUAUGGCAGGAGGCAUGGGUGGAUUUUCGGACAUGAUGGGUGGGAUGCCCGACUUUGGUGGUACAGGUGCAGCACCGAGUGAUCCGACUAAACCUACGUAUCCUGCAGACGAUGUUGGCCUCGAUUAAAUUCAACAGACGCAGCAACUUGGGGUUUAUUCUAUUACUAUGAUUUUCAUUGAAGCUCCGAUUAGAUGCGGUAACACAGUUCUAUCUAUCCUGGUAUUAAAAGCAUUUAUCUGUUUCCAAUACUUUAAUCCAACAAUUAUCUUGUGACACCUAAACUGUAAAACUUACUAUGAUUUAUUUUUUAUAUCUUGUAAACUUUCUCCUAAUCCAAUUAGUAAUAUCGUGUACUUAGUACUGGAUAGGUAAUUAUCACAGUCUAUGAUACAUACCUAUGUUUUAAAUCUAGAUUUUAUGCAUGUUAUGUAUUGAGCAAGCCAUCAUUGUUGUUUAAAAGAAAAAAAAAAAAACAAAAAAUAAUUACAUUAAAAAAACAAUCAACUUUAAACUCUACGUGACAAAAUAUUCUUCAAUAAAAUUUACAUAAUAUCGCACAA